AUGUCACAUCAUCCUUCUUACACAAUGGGAGCUAUAUGUGCAAUCGGAGGGAUUGCAGCUUAUGCUAAAAAAGGAUCAGUUCCUUCAUUAACAGCAGGACUAGGAGUAUCUUCACUUUAUUUAAUAGCUGGUUAUUUAAUUGAAAAUAAUAAAGAUUAUGGACAUGAAACUGCUCUCGCUGCAUCGACUGUUUUGACAGGAUCAAUGAUUCCAAGAGCAAUCAAGACAAAGAAACCAAUCCCAUUAACAUUAAGUAUUUUAUCAAUUGGUGCCGGCACAUAUUAUAUUAAAAAGAUUUAUGAAUAUAAAGUUGGAUUUUAA